AUGGACGCUGCGGCGCCCUCAGGCCCCCCGGCCACCCCAGGCCCUCUGACUCACCUGAACCUGCCGGGCGGAGCGGACGGGCGGAGCCUCGCAGGCAGCUGGACCAGGUCACCCCCGGAAGGCACUGCAGUCGUGAGGGAAGGUGUGCGUCUGUGCCUCCAGCAACGAUGUGAGCAGACAGUGCGGAUCCUCCAUGCCAAAGUGGCCCAGAAGUCAUAUGGAAAUGAGAAGCGGUUCUUCUGCCCCCCGCCUUGUGUCUACCUCUCAGGGCCAGGCUGGAGGGUGAAGCCAGUGCAAGGCCAAGUGUGCCAGGUCGGGGAGGCAGGGUCCACAGUCUGCGGCUUCAUGGGGCUGGAUGGAGCGUCUGGCAGUGCCGCGGAGACGCAGAAACUGAAUUUUGAAGAGCAGCCGGACUCCAGGGAGUUUGGAUGUGCCAAGUCCCUGUACAUCUCAGACGCAGACAAGAGGAAACACUUCCGCUUAGUGCUGCGGCUGGUGCUCAGAGGAGGCGGCGAGCUGGGCACUUUCCACAGCCGCCUCAUCAAGGUCAUCUCGAAGCCCUCACAGAAGAAGCAGUCGCUGAAGAACACUGAUCUGUGCAUCUCCUCUGGCUCAAAAGUGUCCCUCUUCAACCGCCUGCGCUCCCAGACGGUGUCUACUCGCUACCUCUCUGUGGAGGAUGGGGCCUUUGUAGCCAGUGCUCGACAGUGGGCUGCCUUCACACUGCACUUGGCUGAUGAACACUGUUCCCAGGGGGACUUCCCACCUCGAGAAGGCUACGUCCGCUAUGGCUCCUUGGUGCAACUUGUCUGCACCGUCACAGGCGUCACACUACCUCCAAUGAUCAUCCGAAAAGUAGCCAAACAGUGUGCCCUCCUUGAUGUGGAUGAACCCAUUUCUCAGCUGCACAAGUGCGCGUUCCAGUUCCCAGGUGAUCCUCCAGGAGGGGGUGGCAGUUACUUAUGUCUCGCCACAGAGAAGGUGGUGCAAUUCCAGGCCUCCCCCUGCCCCAAAGAGGCUAACCGAGCACUGCUCAAUGACAGCUCAUGCUGGACCAUCAUUGGCACCGAGUGUGUGGACUUCUCCUUCAGCACCAGCUUGUCCUGUAUCCACGAGCCGGUCACACCUGUGCCCCUCAUCAGCACCCUGGAGCUCAGUGGUGGGGGCGACGUGGCCACCCUGGAGCUCCAUGGGGAGAACUUCCACGCAGGACUCAAGGUGUGGUUCGGGGAUGUGGAGGCCGAGACCAUGUACAGGAGCCCGCGAUCCCUGGUGUGCGUGGUGCCCGACGUGGCCGCUUUCGGAAGUGACUGGCGCUGGCUGCGCGCCCCCAUCUCUGUGCCUGUGAGCCUGGUGCGGGCUGACGGCCUCUUCUACCCCAGCGCCUUUUCCUUCAGCUACACCCCGGAGUACAGCGCCCGGCCCAGCUCCCCAGGGGCCCCAGAGGCCGCAGCUGAUGCAGACGCGCUGCUGGAGAGCAUCCAUCACGAGUUCACUCGAACCAACUUCCACCUCUUCAUCCAGACCUAAACCGCGCUUGCCCUGGCGGUUGCACCCUAGCCUGGCCCCGGGAGGGGUGACUUUCUGUGCCCCAGACCCUGCUCUUCUCCCUUUUGCUUUGGGGGAGUGACAGGUUCGCUCUAACCAGCAGAAAGCUCCCACAGAAACCCAGCCCUGCGGGAUUCCAGCCAGAAGAGGAUAGCUGAGCCAGGCUCUCUUGGUUUCCAGUAGCGAAGAUGGUUCGCCUUGGUCUCUGUUUUGCGCUCUAAAUGAAGCAGUCUUUCUAGUUCAAGCUCUGUAGAUCUAUUUGUGUUCCAGACCCUCCGUCAUGGUCUCUCUCUCUCUUCUGGUUUCAUGACAGCUCCACACACUCUGCCUUUACUCUCUAAGUUGCAACCACUCCUCCUGAAGAGAAACAAUUUCAAACCCCAAAUAUUGGGUCCUGUCUCAGGAAGCAUGGGUUCUGUCUGGAGCAUUAAAUCUGACCAGGAGCACUGCAUCCCAUCAGAAGCAUCAGGUCUCAGUGUGGAACAUUGGAUCCUGCUCAGAUCAUUCUGGAACUGGGAAGCUCUGCCCUGGAGCCCAGGGUUCCUUCCUGAAGCACCAAGACCUGCCCCUUCUUGUCCUCUCUCUGUGGCUGGAGCCAGGCACACAGGAGCCUUGCCUGCAUUUUGCUCUCUGACCCACAGCUAUGUGACUGUGCAGAUGCUUAGGGGCAGAAAUCAGAUCUUGCUAACUUAAAUGUCCACCAGCAGCGCUCCUAGGAUGCAGUCUGAAGCUCAGGCAUUCCUCUGCCCUGUUGGCAUUGACUCUGUCCAGUCUGGUCUGCAGGACUGGCGCUCAGUGUGCUUCCUCCUUACUCUCACACACAGAGGAAAGGGAUGACAAGUUCACUAGCACAGAAAGGAUGCCACUCCCCCCCCAUUCUUUAUCUCAAGAAGAAAUGGGGUGCAGAUGCUACUGGCACCCCUAAGCCCCAUCCCUGCCCUAGUGCCAGUUCCAGAGAUAUGAGGGGCCCUCCUAACUGUCACCUCAUUCUGAGCCAAUAUGCACCCCAAGCUCAGAAACCAACAACACAAAUAUUUCCCACAUCAACUCUGGGCAGAACUCCUGGGAUCACUUGUUAAUUAUAACUCGGCUGAAAAUAGAAAUUCUCUGCAUGGGCCCCAGGGUCAAACCAUGUUCCCUGCCCAGUCACUCUGCCCACCCUCACAGUAGUCUGUGUCUACAGAAGCAGAAAAGCAGGCAGGUCCUGGCUGCUUGAAUUUUUGGAACCAAGGACACAGAUAUUACAGUUGCUAGGUCCCUUGCACCAGUCCCUCAUGGUGCAGGUCUGAAAUGUGGGUUCAGGUCUCUCAACUCUCCACCCUGGGCUCUUAACAGAACUCUGAGGAAGUGCUUAUUUCUUUCACAACUCUUUCCCCAGAACAUGGAAAGCCCCAUGAGAAAAAAGCAUAAUAUCUUCUAAGAGGAAAGAAAUAGCGUUUCCUCAAUUAAGACAAUGAUGAGAUACCACUUCACUCCUGUGAGAAUGCCAUACAUCAGAAAAGGUAGCAGCAGCAAAUGCUGGAGGGGUUGUGGGGACAAAGGAACCCUCCUGCACUGCUGGUGGGAAUGUAACUUUGUCCAAGCCCUGUGGAGAGCAGUCUGGAGAACUCUCAGGAGGCCAGAAGUGUACCUAUCCUAUAACCUUGCAAUUCCUCUCUUGGGGAUAUAUCCGAAGGAACCAAACACAUCAUCCAAAAAGAUCUGUGUACACCUAUGUUCAUAGCAGCACAAUUUGUAAUAGCCAAAACCUGAAAGCAACCCAGGUGUCCAACAACAGAUGUGUGGCUGAGUAAGCUGUGGUCUAUAUACACAAUGGAAUACUACUCAGCUAUUAAAAACGAUUUCAUCUUUUUCAGUCCAUUUUAGAUGGAGCUUGAAGGAAUCUUAUUGUUAAAUAAGAUAAAUCACAAACAGAAGGAUGAAUAUGAGAUUAUCUUACUCAUAGGCAGAAAUUAAAAAACAAGGUCAGAAGAGAAAACACUAAGCAGAACUUGGACUGGAGUUGGUGUAUUGCACCAAAGUAAAAGACUCUGGGGUAAGUGGCGGGGAGGAUUCAGGUCCUGGAACAUAAUAGCAGAGGACCUAGUGGGGGUUGUAUUGUUGUGUGGAAAACUGAUAAAUGUUACCCAUGUACAAACUAUUAUAUUUACUGUGGACUGUAAAACAUUAAUCCCACAGUGAAUAAAUUAAAAAAAAAAAAAGACAUUCCAAAGUCUUGGCUAAAUUUUGUCAUUGGCUGCAAAAUCAGACUGAAACCCACUCUUAUAGGAAACAACAGGGUUAUUCAAAACCCCUUAGAACAUAUGCUGC